CUAAUGUCACACAAAGGCGAGAAAUAUGUACUGCGAAUGCAACAGAUUACUAUGGUUUGACAAUGGUUUAGCACUUUCAUGAAGAGUACUUCAAAACAGGGCGCGUUUCCAGUGGAGUUAUUCCCUAGAGUGGUGAAAAUGACAGAUUCAUGAUGACAUUUCACUAAGCCAGAGAUUCAAAUCCUUGCAAAUGGAGGCUAAGGAAUGGUUUGAUAAGUUUUGCCAACAAGUAGAAUUGGAAGGAAAAUGCAAAGAGAAGGCUUGGAACAUUUGGGUGUCUGUUUCCUCAAAAAUAAAAGAAAAAUCUGAGAAUACUUUAAUUCCGUGGUUUAUAUGUGCCAUAUAUGUUGCAAAUUAUGACACAAGAUUUAAUAGCGUUCAAGAUUCAGGUGCCACUAAAACUACCUGUUCAUUGAGCAAGCUAUUGAAGGAAGCUAAAAUAAGCAUUGUGGAAUUCUUCCAGAAGAUGAAAAAGUUCAGUUCAGUUUGGGAAGUUGGUGCUCCUGUUACAGAUCACCUUACUGAAGUAAAGAAAACAUUUUGUAUAUCUGCAGCUCUGUUCCACAAGUUUCAAAGAGUAAUGCCUGUGCUUUUUAAAGGUUGUCAAGACUUAUGUGACAGUGAAGAGAGAACAGAAACUAUAAAAAAAACAUGCUGGCUUUUAUAUCUAGUCUACAAAGGCUGGAAUUCUAACCAGGUGAAAGAAUUAAUGACGGCAUUCAAUCUCUUGUUGUGCUGUGUGGAUCAUGUACACAAUAGAUUUGGCCAACAGCUGCAGACAGGUGAAGUUCUCUCUGGGACAAAUAUCCGGGAAAGUGUGCAUGAUGGAAUCCUUCCCAAUCUAUGUGAGGAAUUGAGUGUACCUCUUUCAAAUGUCGCAUUAAUCUACUCACAACACUUUAAACCAUUUUUGGAGAAGUUAAUUGAGGUACAACAAAAUGCAAGAAACUUGUUGAAAAUUGGCGAUUUAAAUUCCAUCUAUGAAGAAGUCUGUGCAAGAUCUGGAGAUGUUGAUGAGAGAGACUUCUUUGACAAAAAUGGCUAUUUAUGGAUUCCUUUCAAUGAAGAACCCAGUGAAGUGGGACAUGGCAGUGCUGGAACUAUUAGUGGUGGAACUACCAAUACUGCGAUCCAUGAUGAAUUUCAACCUGUUUUGGUAACCCUAACAGCUGAUUUAGAAUCAAGUAGAAGGUCCUACCCACCAAGCUCAUCAUCAUUUACUGAUUUAAGAGCUACACUUGAAGAAAGAAGCCAUUUGCCAGGUCAAGAACUGAUAAGGUUUUGGGAAUCUUGUGGAAGAAAUCCUAGAAAUCUCAUACAAUCCAAAUUAACAGCCGUUCAGGACGGUUUCCUGAAAGGAUUUGAUGACACUGCAGUUUGUGAAGGGGACUAUAAUAUUUCAAUUCAGAUUUUUGUCCUGGCAAAGAAACUUUAUUAUAGAGUUAUGGAGGCUAUGCUGUUGGCAGAAGAGAAAAGAUUAUCUUAUAGUGAUUUCAGUGCUCUACUGAAUAGUGAAACAUUCCAUGUUUCGCUUUUGGCCUGUUCCCUUGAAGUUGUUAUGGCUGACAAAGGAUUGUCAUGGCCAACUCUAGCAUUUCCUUGGAUUCUUGGCAUUCUGAAGCUGGAGGCAUUUGAUUUUUUCAAAGUCACUGAAAGUUUCAUUCUUCAUGAGCCACUUCUUAGUAGCAGUUUAAUUAAGCAUGUAAAUCGAAUAGAGGAACAAGUGUUGGAGAAUUUGGCAUGGAAAACGGGUUCACCUCUAUUAAAAGCAAUGGAAACCUAUCAUCCACACUCUGACCCAGCAACAGUAGGCUCUGUUCAGCAGCAAAAGAAGUCGCAGUCUCUAAAUUUGUUUUUGAGGAGAGUGAACCAGUUGUCCUACCAUCGUUUAACAACGCUUUGUGAUAAACUUGAAGUCAGUGACACGCUGGUCAGUCACAUGUGGACGUGCUUGGAACAUUCACUGAGAUUGCAUUGGCAGUUGAUGGUUGACCGUCACUUGGACCAGAUGCUUUUGUGUGCAGUGUACGCCAUUUCUAAGGUGGUCGGAAAAGAAAUUCAAUUUAAACAGAUUGUCACCGUCUACAAAGGAUUGCCAUUUGCAUCGGCACAGGUGUACAAGGGAACCUCCGGCAGAGAACAAGAAUCAAUCAUUGGAUUCUACAACAAGGUGUACAUGGUUGCAAUGAAGUCCACCAUUCUUCAGUUUGCACCAAACAAGGACGCUCCUGUUUCACCCGCUCCCAAAAGCGCAGUGAGGGUUCCAGGGAAGAAUAAUUUUUAUCUAUCUCCACUACGAAGCUCUCCAAGCGAAACUUUAACUCCAAAACCAAGGUCAUCAUUCAGCUUCGGGGAGUCCCCAGGGUCCGCUGACCGUGAGAGCCUGUCAAGAAUAAAUGCCUCCGUACGAGCAGCGGUGCAUAGUCAACUCAAGGUACCACAGAAGAGAUUGCGCUUUGACGACUGUGACCAAACUGAACCAGGCCCUGUUCUCACGAACGGCCACUCGACAGAAAAGGAGACUGGGCCACAUUUGCAUGGGAGGAAUGCUUCGAAAGAAGAGGAAGAGAAAGGGGAUGAAAGUUAUUAAAAAAUGGGAAUAUCGCCCAGGGGAAGGGUAAGGGGUACACCCAGGAAUUCUUGUUGAGGCUGUGCCUCUUGGUUUUCCUCUUGGCCCUUUGAAGGACAUAACCAUGAAAUUCCUUCAGCCUCUUUCUGACCUUGCCAAGUGAAGUGAACACAAUGCUUAAGAAUUUCAAUUAUUUAUUUGCUGUAAAAGUACUUUGAGAUGAUGAAAAGUUUUUAACGCGCAAA